AUGAAGAUUCGGUUUUUUCCAUUUUUGUUUUCAUUCAUCGAAAUUUGCAAAAUCGCCGCUGCUUUCGAUAUUGGAUUCAUCAGCCAGACUCCUAUGCUUAACACGUUCGACCUGACUCCUCCCCAGGUAAGCCCAAUAGCAAGCUCCCUUCAGCGAGUUGAUGUGGAAUACGAUCCCGUGCGAUCCGCGGGAGCGCAGAUUAAGAUAUUCGACAAUUCUGGAACGCUGCACCUGAGGGAGCCCAACGACUUUAAGGAACUGCCGAUAGUUCAACCCUACGGCGCGAAUUCUUAG